UGUAUGCACUUAUUUUGACGGAGGCUUCCUGUGCUGACCAACCGCUGGUUUUUUGUCUUGUCUGCCGUUUUAGGACCUCAAAAACCUCCUGCAGUAUUCAGAUGAACUCUUUGUCAGGGUGAUAUGAGCCUGAAUCACAGGUGAUCGAGCUGCUUUGGGGACCAAGUGUGUAUCUGUGCUAGAGGAGACCAUGGCUGAGAGGAUUGCAGCCAGCCCCUGUUCAUCUGAGCCGGACAGUCCUGUAGGUCUGAACCGAGGCUGCCUCCUCGAACCCCAGGACGUCCUCUGCUCGAAUCUGCCCAUUAUGGUUCCAGAAACCCCGAGCCCACAGCUUGGCAAGCGGAGGAAAUGUCGUCGUACCGCAGAGCAGUGUUUCAGCCCUGUGAGUCAGCGUGCUGCAGGUCCUCAGGUGGGAUUCGGGGUCUCUUCAGGACCAGAACAACCUGCUGCUACUGAACAAGGUCUUUCACAUAAACCCAAGCGCCGGCGGCUAGCAGACCACAACGCUGGCUUCGUCCCGGCUUCCUCUCUUAGGGCUCUUCCUCAGAACACCUGGCUGGAGGCUCCCUCCUCUUCCUCCACUUCAUGCUCCUCCGCUUCAUCGUCUUCCUCCUCAUCUACCUCCUACCUCACACCUGUUUCGGUCUUUCGGCUAAAACAGGUUGAGACAACGACUUCAGCGUCGCCUUCAGUAGCAGCAUCAAGCUCCAACUCGCUCUCCUUCCUCACCGAAGAGGAGAGGAGAUGGCUGAAUGGAGAAUACGAAGAUACCUCACCAGUGGCGGCAGUGGAGCAGAUCAUCAUCAGUGACGAUGACGAAGCCACAGUUCGCUCAUUACAGAUGGAGGAAGAUGAGGCGUUGGCUCGGAGCCUGCAGGCUCAGUUUAACCAAGAGGAGUCAGAAAGCAGACACCAGCAUCAUCAUCAUCAUCACCACCACCAUCAUCAUCAUCAGCAGCAGAGCCACCAAAGGUAUUAUUCCUACGUGGAGCCCAGCUGGAUGUCUCAGGUGUUGGCUGCUGUCUCUCCUCUGGUCGGUCUUGAAGAUGAUGUGAUUGGCCAGCGGAGUCGAUUAGGGCGGGGCAGGAGGAGGAGGAUCAUAUUACCCAACUUUUCAGACGACUUUCAGGGAAAUGACUACGAGGCUCUUCUGGAGUUUGAGGAGCGACAAGGUGCCGUCGUAUCAAAGAAACUAAGCCGCAGGGAAAUCCAGAGGUUUCCUACCAAAAAGUUCCAGUCUGCCAGCAACUCUGGGAACACUCAGUGUCAGAUCUGUUUCUGUGACUACACCAAUGGAGAGAAGCUAAGGAUGCUGCCCUGUUUCCAUGACUACCACGUCCAGUGUAUAGACCGAUGGUUAAAGGAAAACACCACCUGCCCAAUCUGCAGGGUCAACCUGGCUGAUGGAGACUCUCUGGCCCCCCAGACCCUCUGACUCCUGCUUGAGUUUGUUCAAAGGAUGACUCAGCUCAACUUUCUUAUUUUCUACUUUUAUUAUUUACAUCUUUCCUCAGCACUGAUGAGACUGUGAACAACCUGUAACUGCGUUGUCAUGUUCUGCUGCUCACAGACUUUUAGAUCAAAUAAAGAGGAUUUUUUCCCUUGG